AUCUUCGUUUGACAUAUAAUAUUCGCCGGGAGACUAAUUCGACUGGCUGCGAGGUUGUCCGCUUUCUCGCGAGGACGCUGAACAAGAUGAGCUACCCAUACUUCUCCAGUUAUAGUGAAGCCUGCGGCGGGUACACCUGCGAGUGGCCAGGCAGCGGUGCCAUCCCGCCUCCGCGCGCCUUCCAGCACCCGGUGCGUCCUGAUGUGUGGGCACCGACAUCCUCGUUCCAGCUCCUCACGGUGGCGUCAGCCUACUGCUUUGAGGUGGACAAGGUCUUGGUGAAGGGGUUUCCCGCCACCGCCGAGUGGGCCAAAGCCAAGGAGCACGUCCGGCAGUGCGCCAGCGCCCUCAUCGCUGACGCCGACCUGCCCGCCGUCCUGGCGCCAGAUGGGGACCUGCCAACCAGAACGGCGCGCAUCGUGUGGACCACCUUCACCUUCUGCUACUUCUUUGGAACCAAGCGGAUGGUGCCGCAGCCCCAAGUGAAGACCGGUGUUCCCCGGCAGGAUGGCACCGCAGGAGGCCGGCGGGCAACCACGCCAGCCGCUGUGCCGCCGCUGCUUCAGGAGGCGGCGGACUGCCUGGGCCGGAUGGUGGGCACGGACGGCUGGUGCCGCAGGGGCCACGUGUCAAAAGCCAUCCAGGAGUGGGUGAGCAGCACCCGCAAGUGGCUGGACGGCAGCUUCGGGCAGCAGGGCUGGACUACUUGGCAAGCGGUCGCGGUGCAUUGCGCCGCCGCCAGCAGCGCGCCCGUGAGCGGGACCAACGUGAGUGCCAUUCGCAUGCUUUCAGCCAAGUCAAACGAGCCCAAGUCCGGCACCAGCAAGGACUCGGAGCCACAGAAGGUGCCUGACUUCUUCCCCUUCUACCCAUUGUGCGUUGCGGGCGGCUACAACGAGAACCGGCCCAAGUGCUCCCUGCUGGGGCAAGAGGAGUUCCGCGACGUGCCUGGCGGCGCCUGCGGGCUCCCGCCCGGGUUCACCAAGGCGAACAAUUGCGCGCUGGGAUAUCUGGUGGUAUCAGAUGUGUUCGCCGCCCUCACACAGGCCUGCAAGUCCAUGCACAAGGCGCCGGGGGCCACCAAAGCCGCCAUGGCGGGCUUCCUAAAGGAGCACGUGCUGCAGCACAAGACCGGCGCCACAGGCCGCCCUCCGGUCCCGGCCGAGCACCUGGCGUCCGGCUACCCGCAGCUGCUGGCCAGCUGCGUGGAGGGCUGGGAGCGCGCACUGGCGCACGUGCACGGCGUGUGGUUGCCGGCGGUAAUGGAGGCGUACGGCGAGACGUUUAUGGGUGCGAACUGGGCGGAGAAGGCGGGCGGCGUUGCUGUGAUCCAGGAUGCGCUGCAGCUCGGCCCCGGGCCGCUGUCGGGCCCAUCAGAUGGGUUGCAGGAGGUUCUGAACAAGCUGCAGAAGCCGCAACUGGCCCUGACACGCAUCAUCCCCAUGGCGAAGUGGCAGAGCAUGGCUGUUAAGGGCCAGCGCCGGGCGGCGAGGGGGCAGCCGGAUAAGGAGGAGGAGGAGGAGGAGGAGGAGGAGGAGGAGGAGGAGGACGAGGAGGAGGAGGAGGAGGAGAUGGAGGAGAAGGAGGAGGAGGAGAUGGAGGAGGAGGAGGAGGAGGAGGAGGCGGGCCAGGCUGGCGGGCAAACGGAGCAAGAGGAGGCAUGCGGUACCCAACAGCUUGGCGCUGCUGGAGACCGGGUUGCGCGCGAGGCGGCCCAGGCGCUCGCGCUGAUGCAGCGGCUGAUGCCGCUGCUGGAGGGCCUGCGGCAGGCACCGACCGGAAAGGGCGCGGGGCGGUCUUCAGGUGUGGGGCGCGGCAGCGCCGCCACAUGGGAGCGGCUGGCGGCGGUGAGCCACGCCCUGCAGCAGCUAGAGCAGAGCUUGAGCAGUUGAGAGGCGUUGCACGAGCGAGAGAGGUGAUACAGUACGAGCAAUGUUGGGUUUCUCGGCGUUGCUGAGCAGCAGGGUGCAUGUGUUGCAGGCUUCUCAGACAAUGGCAUUGUCGGUGUUUAGAGCAGUCCAGGCUGAAGGAAGACACUAACUAG